AUGAGGCCGCCAACUUCGUUCUCGGCAGCACUCGCGCUGCUGCUCGCGGCGGAUUAUGCGGAAGCUGUCGCUACUCCCGUCUUCCCGCGGGCGGAAUCUGGGGAUGGAUAUCUGGCGAUUCCCGUGGGAACGGUUCCGAGGCCGCACAAGGUCGGCAAGAGAAGCGCCAUUGACGCAACGCUGGACAAUAUGGACUUUUUCUAUGCCAUCCAAGUUGGCAUGGGAACCCCUCCUCAGAAUGUAACCGUCCUUGUCGAUACGGGAUCCAGCGAGCUCUGGGUCAACCCCGACUGCUCGACCGCACCGUCCCAGCAACAGGCCGAUCAGUGCGAGGAUCUGGGCCAGUACAACCCAAGGAGGUCAAGAACACCGCCCGUCGGUCCAUUUGGGCGUGAGGAAAUCAACUAUGGCGACCCUACAGACCAGUCCACGCAGACGUCGGUCGACAUUACCUAUUAUGCCGACACGCUGAGCUUUGGCAGCAUCCAGGUCAAGAACCAGACGUUUGGCGUGGUCACAUCCAGCGACGGCCAGGCACAGGGCAUCAUGGGCCUCGCACCGGACGUUCGGGGCGGAUUUCCAGGGGAUGAGCCGUACAGCUUGCUGCUCAACACCAUGGCCGAGCAGGGCGUCAUUGCAAGCCGAGUUUUUGCCCUCGAUCUCCGGCAUUCGGACUCGCAGACGGGCGCCAUCAUCUACGGCGGCAUCGACCGCAGCAAGUUCGUCGGAUCUCUCGAGGCCCGGCCCAUUGUGCGCGGCAUCAAGGGCGAGACUCGGCUGGCCGUCAAUCUCACCACGCUGGGCCUCACCCAAAGCCGGUCUCAGAGCUUCAGGCUCUCUGCUGCCGACACCAACGUGAUGCUCGACUCCGGUACGACGCUCAGCCGGAUGCAUGAGGCUGCUGCUCUGCCCAUCCUCGAGGCCCUGGGCGCCCAAGACGCCGGCGAGGGCUACUUCUACGUGCCGUGCUCGACCCGGAAUGCCGGCGGCAGUGUCGAUUUUGGCUUCGGCAACAAGACCGUCCGCGUCCCCUUUUCCGAUUUUAUUCUGACGGGCCAAGACUCGAGUGGCUCGGGCGGUGGCUCGGGCGAUGACUCGGACUUUUGCUUCGUUGGCAUCGUCAUCACCACCGACCAACAGAUUCUGGGCGACACGGUGUUGAGGGCCGGCUACUUUGUCUUUGACUGGGAUAACCAGCAGGUUCACAUUGCCCAGGCCGCGGAUUGUGGCAGCAGUGACAUUGUUGUUGCCGGCUCGGGAUCCGAUGCUGUCCCCAACGUACAGGGCAACUGUAACGAGGCCGAAGCCUCUCCUACCGGCUCAGGAAGCCCAACGGUAAGCAUUUUCGUCCAAAUCGCGUGGAGAACCACACGACGACUGAUCACAUAUCUCGUUGCAGAUCACGGCAUCAAACUCGGGAGCCACCAACAUAAUACCAACCUCGGCCUUCACGACAACGUUUACGGUGACGUCCUGUCCAGCCUUCGACAUCAACUGCCGCACCGGCGUCGUCACGACGCGGACCGUUCGGCCAGCCGAAGCCACCGCCGAACCUACCAGCACCGCCUCACCCAGUGGCUCCGGCAGCGGUGA